UUGAUACUGAAUGUGAAUUAGAUAAAAGAAAUUUUGAAAACUUUUGUGAAUCAUUACGAACCGGAGUAGAGAAUGCAUUGGAUGGAUUUGUUAAAUGGAUGGAAGUUUGGGUUCACUUACCCUUAAACAUUUGUCGAUUAGGUGGAGAAAACAGACCAGAAUUUGCUUAUGCUUUUUUAAAUAUAUUUUUCAAUAAAAAUUCUUCAAAAAACCCUACCUUGCAGGAGAUCUCUUACGUUCAAAUUUUAAAAGAGGAUUUGUCUAAUGGACGUCCAAAUACAUUUGGACUAUUAGAGGC